AUGAGUAUAAGCUGAAAAGAUUUUCUGUUCAGCGCAUGCAUGCAGAAGCAUAUAUAUGUUGUGCAAGUCUGCGAGGCUCUCUCUUCCUCCUAUCAACGUUCAAUUCGAUGUGUAAGUUCGUUGAAGUUUGGUAAGCUUACGAUCUUGGCAGAAGUACACCGUGAUACAACUACCAAUCGAAGGAUUGGCCCGUGGCUCCAGGUGGUCAAGAAAGGUAGCGGAGACUCCUUCUCCCAUUAUUAGCGUAGGUCAAUUAACAUAUUUGAUCACUUAAUAUACUCUAGACCAACCACUUUGAUCGUCCUAGAAUCUUCUGUUAAUUGUUUUGACCAGGAACGUGGCCAAACAAUGAAGGGGGGUUCAAAUAUUUGCAUCUCUACUGGCACCCUUUUUUUUUUGACCCCGUAAUAUUUUAGCCUCCAUGAGCCACGGUGCUAUCAACUCAUCGGAACUCUGAAGUGAGGCUCAACCUUCUUGGUUCUUUGGUCUCCAGAACAAAAGGCUUCGACUUGAGAAUAUCUUAACCGCAAUCGCAAUCAUGUCCACCUCGGAAAUUUCUCCCGAAUUUUUGAAUUUUCUCAUGGAAGGGCCUGCAUUAAGCCCUCCCGAGGGUGUGAAAUCCAAUUUUGUCAAUCCAUAUAGCUUCGGCAAAGGGAUGUUCAUUGGAGAAUUGACACUUUACAUCUUGACCACUCUGAUUGUGGCUAUACGGAUAUAUACCAAGCUUCGUAUACUCCGGAAAAUGGCAUUUAAUGAUUGUAAGUUGAUAUUGAUACCCUUAGUAAAGUGAAAGCCGACCACGGAAACUAAUUAUAAUUAGAUGUUUUACUUCUCGGUUGGGUAUACGACUUCCGAUACCUCAUAAUGGGGGAUAUACAGAAACGGAAAUUUUGCUUACAGAUAUUCUGAAACAGGCUAUGAGUUUCGCUAUUGUGCUUUUGAUUCCUUUCGCGCCAGAAAACACACUCGGUACACAUCAGUAUAACGUUCAAUUAAAGAAGAUAUCAAAGUUCAUCUACGUAUGCCCAACACCUCCUUUUCGAGUCUGCUUCCAUUCACGAUAAGCAUUUUCCACUCUUCAAUUAUUCGUAGACCUAAUGCUGCCCCUGUGGUUGAAAGGCUAAUAAUAGGACUCUCAGCUUGUCCACAUAGCCUCGAUUAUCUACGGGAUCGCAAAUGUCCUAAUAAAAUCCUCCAUCCUCCUCCAAUACAUGACCAUAUUCGCGCCUUCCAAAAACGGCUACUUCUUUCGCUCGUGUCAAGGUCUAAUAGCUCUGAACUUGGUCGUCUAUACCAUCCUUGUCUUUGUCGAAAUCUUUACUUGUAUACCGCGAGCCAAGAUCUGGAAUGUGUUCCUGCCGGGGAAGUGUUUGAAUUAUCGGAUUGGAAGGAUUACUACGGGAGUUAUUAACGUGCUGAGUGAUUUGAUUAUUGUGGGAUUGCCGCAGGGAAUAAUUGUGCGUCUACCCCGAGUUCUGCUAUUCCGUUGCUUUUGAUGGGUCAUUAUAGAUUUUGGGGAGAAGGGGAUUACAACAAUUCCCCUGCCGAUGUUUACAACUUGAUAUAGUGGAAGCUUCACAUGAGUUUCCGUCGAAAACUCGGCGUAUCCCUCAUUUUCGCAAUCGGACUUUUGUACAUCUCCAUCCCCCCGUUCCCUUCAAAAAGUCCUAACUCACACCCCUCACAGCGCCUGCGUAGCAGGCAUCCUACGCCUCACCUUCACAAUAAUCCUCUCCCAUAACGACGACGCAACCUGGUAUACCUCCCUCAUGGCACUCUUCGGCAUGACGGAGUUAAGUUUCGGAACUAUAACAUCCUGUCUUCCUUCCCUGGCGAAAGCUUUCAAUUCAUUCAGCCAAACGGGUUUUAUGACACGGAUGUAUUCUUUGUUGGCCAGGAGUAGGAGUAAAGGGACUGGGAAGGAGAGUAGUGGGUGGAGUCAUCCGUUUCAGAGGAAGAAGGAGAGUGGAAGGAGAGAAGGCAUAGGUGAAGGGAUGGAUAGUGUUGAUGGUUUUGUUAGAGGGAUCGAGAUGAAUAAAAGAAAUGAAGGGAAGGUUGGGAUGAAUGAGAGUAGACCCGGGAGUAAUAGAGAGGUAAGAAUCAGUUCGGAGAGCCUAGUAGCGUAAGAGAAGGGCUUUUGGUUUAAUAAAGCCUCCAGAGGGCAAGUUAGGGUAUCCUACACUUGUGCAAGGUAUAUUCGCACAAGUGGCUAGUGUCAAAUAAACUCGAUCCGCAGAUUAAUCCAGAAAGAAUGAAUGCUCUGUAAUAUGGACAGUCUCAAACUUACCAUCUGAAGGUAGCGAUCAAGCUAAAACAUCCGAGUUAUGAGAACGAGUUGAAAAUUCGCGUACCUCUAAAAUUCACGACCUUUUCUUAUCUGUAUCAGAGGGUGGAUGAUUUGGCUACUCUAAAUUCCCAGAUAUCUUUUGCAACUGCGAUUUCAUGGCGUUUGGUUUGCAAUAAUAACCAAUACUUGGAAGCAGUACAACACGUCCUGGAAUUUCACUAGCACAACAGCCAAUUAAGCGGAGCAAGAGAGCAACAUGGCUGAUAUGAUGUACAGUUGUAGACUCUUGUCGUGGCAGUCUUCCGUAUGUUUGGGGUCACCAACGGGAUCCCGGUAGGCAGCAUUGCAGAUAAUGGAUUCCGAGGGCGGGCACUCUCCAGCUUUGAUAGCCGAGAAAGUUUUGGUAGCGAAAGUAUGUACGGGGGAUAG